UUAAUUUUGUCGCUCUGUAAAUUCUAAUUAUCAAAUAAAGCAAAACAACGAUAACGACAAGAUUUUAGUUAAACACUAGUCCUGAUUAACUAACCAGGACAAAAUAUUUAAUAGAUCUCACUAGUCAUCGAAUAAAUGAAACCAUUGGUUUAACCAUUGUUUAAACUGGAGUGAAAAAAGUAUUAUUUAAUACCUACUUUAUAGUUGAGAUUAUUACAGAAAAUAUUGGUUCUUAUCGAGACAGCAGAAAUGGCGUCUAAUCGUAAUAGGCGCGAUAGAAGUCGUCGUAAUCGCCCUGAGGCACGUAGUGCUGUGAAUGACAGUCUUGGUUCUGACGGUGAAUACGAUGAUGAUGAUGAUGAUAUGUGCGAUUCGCCUAUUGAUUGGUUCGCAGAGACAGAAUUUGAUGAGAGGCUGUUAGAUCCUCAAUUUUUCGUCAAGUUUAUCACAAACACUGAUGAAAAACCAAAAGAACAUAAUAAGAAUCAUCAAUUUCGUCACUCAAUUGUUCCGAGAGAGCUGUUAGGCAGUGGUACUAGCAGCAGUACAACGGUGUAUAGUACACCCUCCACCGAUAACACCGAUAGUACCGAUAACACUGCAUCAAGUAGCGCAGGUAAUACUAAUACUGCAAUCCACAUUUCUAGCUAUGAAUCAGAGAAUUCACGGAAUUCACUAGAAAAUAUUGACACCGCAUCAAGUAGCGCAGGUAACAUUAAUACCGUAGUCAACAUUUCUACCUCUGAGUCAGAGAGUGCACAGAAUUCUUCAGAAAAUACUGAUGCGAGUGGUUCACAGUGUUCUACUAUUUUUUCAAGCCCUCACAACACUACCGAUAAUACUACUAGCAAUAUCAAUAAUAUCACCACAUCUCACUUUGAAACUUCUCAUGGCACCAAUAAUAGAGACAGUUCAACCAAUGACGAAAUGAUUGCCUUGGAUAGUCUCAUCAGCACUAUGGGCUUGCUCGGGGUCACACCUACUUCAGGAACUAUGCUCUCUAACAGUGGUGACAUCAAUAGUUCGCUAGAUGCUUUAUCUGGACUGUUUAAUGGUUUGAACACAUCGGACUCUAUGACUUCGAAUGAUAAUAAUCAAUCAGAAUCAUCAGAUAGUGACAUAGAAAACUAAUGUUAAAAUUCUUAUUGUUAUAUAUACAAUAACACAUAUAACAUAUUUUUUAAUAUUAAGAGUCAACAACAGAAUUUAUUUAUUCAUAUUUAGAAGCAAAAUCGUUCUUCCUGUUUUGGUAAU